AUGGGGAAAUUAAAUGGGGGAUGUUAACAGACACCUAAUUUAUGUGAGGAAAUAUUGCAGGACUAGUUUUGUGAAUUCACCUAUAAUAAAGAAAGGUGCAUUUGGGUCAAAGGCGUAUGCGAAUCAUUAGAAUGUAAGAAAUUGAAAUUGCCAACCUAUAAUAAUCAUAAAGCAUGCUAAAAGGAAAGUUCAUAUUGCACUUUUAAUUUAAACUCUUUAGGUUGUACAGAGUAUCUAUGUGAAAAUGUUUUAGAGAUAGAAGAUUGUACAAUUGAUUCAAAUGGUUAAAUUCGCACAUAGAAUUAAGGAUGCAUAGAGAAGAAAUGUAUGACUGCUCAUCCAACUUUGGAUAAUAACUCUAAAUGUGAAGGGUGGAUGCCAAAAUGUACAGUUAAUGUAUAAGUUUUGUCAAAUUAAAAAAUCUUGAUUGGAUGCGUAGAUAAAAGAAGUAUUUGUGAACUUGCAGUUCAAGAACAAUGUUAAUCAACACUUUCAGAACAUAUGUGUAAAUGGAAUGGAAGUAGUUAAAAAUGUAUUAAUCAACUUUGUUAAGAUGCCAGUCCAUGUUUGUAUUUAACAAACGAAGAUUGCAAAUAAUUUAAGGUGUUAUCUGGACCUUGCAUUAUUGGACCUUCUGGAGUUGGAUGUUACUAAUGGCCCACUAAUUGUACUGAAAUUAAAAGUCAAUAACAGUGUUAAUUGAAUAUACAAAAUGGAACAAAGUGUUUUUGGACUGGUACUUAUUUAUAACUAUAUAGAUUAAUAAUUUUAUUAUAAGCAAUAAGAAUGUCAGAUGCUCUGAAACUUUAUUACACCAAUAAUGUUUAAUGUAACAAUUGGUCUAGUAAUUGUAUUUUUGACCAUUCUCUGGGUGGAUGCAUAGAUAGAAUUAAUUAAGUUGCUUGUUCAUCUUCUCUAAAUGUUGUUAUGUAUAACAAUCAUGUAGAAUGUUAUGCAAGGAAUCAAAAUUGUACUGUGGUUUCUGAUUUUAAUCCUGAAGGAUGUGAAAGGAAAAAAGAAACAUGUUAUGAGUACAUCAAGCGAAGAAAUUGUAAGACAACUCUAAUUGGCUAAUUGUGUUAUUGGGAUGAUUAAGAACAAAAGUGCAUGAACGAGGAUGAAGAUAAUAAUGGAGUUGUUGAUUGUCAUAAGAGACUUUAUGGAGAACUAACUCAUCAGGAUUGCGAGGACUUCAUGUCUAAAUACACAUUAAAUUAGAUUGCUUUUUCCUGUAGAACACUUUCAGAUUAUUGCGAUUAUAAAUAUCAAUAAUAGUGUAUAAUUAAUUCCUAUUAAUAACCUUGCAAAUGGAAUGAUUUGAAAUAAAUAUGUGAAGAUGUAGUGAAUCAAAAUAAUACAACAUCUUAAACGGAGUCUGAAUGUUUAAUGUUCAGACAGAAUAAUGAAUGCCAAUUAAAAAUUAAUUCUGAUGGGACUUACGGGCCUGGAUGCGAAAAUAGACCCAAAAGUUGUUAAGAAAUUACUGAUCCUGUAAUAUGUAAGUUAACUCUAACUACUUAAAAUGAAAAAUGCUAUUUUCAUAGUUCCUUCUGCAUGGUAAUAUAGUUUCGAUAUACUUAACACAGUAUAAUAUCAAAAUAUUGUGAACAAAUUACUGAAAGUCAAAGUCAUGAGUUUUGUUAAUUAUAUAAUCCCAAUUGUGUUCUUUAAUCAAGUGGAUAAGGAUGCUAUUCUAUUUAUGAGCGUGGUGAUUUGACGAAAGUAAUUCUAGAUGCAGCUUUUUGCAGGGAUGUUUUCGUAAUAUUCAAUGUUCUGAUAAAAUACAUGCUGACAAUUGUUUCCGGAAAACAUUUUUUGAAUAAUAAUGUGAAUUAACGAGGGAUUGUCUUCAUUGUGAAGACAUUUGAACUCUAGUCCAAAAACACCACUUUCGACGGUUUGAAAUAAUGUAAUGAUAUUUCAAAAUCACUCAUCUAUAAUACAGAGUGUCACUGCUGUUAGUUAAUUUUUUCUUGUGACUUUGCCCCAUAAUCGCUUUGUAAUUAAUCAACGGAUUACUUUGGAAAAUAAUGUCAAUAUAAUUAAUAGUCUAAUGUUUGCGGAUACAGAGAAUGCGAACAAUUAACAUCCGAUUAAGGCAUUUCAGAAUUAAUUUGCUAUUAGUGGAAGAGUGAAUGUGUUUUAGGUGCUACUAGUUGUAUCAGUUACAACAAUGAUUGUACAAAAAUUGGUCUUAUUUAACAAUGUUAUUCAUAUUCAUGCUAUUGGUAAGAUGGUAAAUGUGUUUCUUAUGUUAAUUGUGGUCUUAACACAACUGCAAUAACGAAUCGGGAAUGCUUAUUAAGUAAUAGCACAUUUUGUAGAUUUAAUUAUACUAAAGGCUUAGGAUGUGCUUUUAUAAGUUGUGAUCAAAUUAAAAACGAAGCAAUAUGUAGUUCUUCAAAAGUUGCUAAAGGUGUGAAAUGUUAAUGGGUCAGUUCCUAAUGCACACCCAUGGAGUGUUAUGAUUAUAUUAUAUAAUCCGAUUGUGAAACCAGUUAUGGCUUUUAUCCCUAGAAUGCCCGAAAAUGUUAUUGGUGUUCAAUUAAUUCCCCUCAAUGUACUUAGAAUGCAUACUGCAAUUUAAGUAUGAUGACUUCACCUAAAUCACAUUAAGAUUGCUACAGUAAUGAUGUCUUAUAAACAAUCAACUUUAUAAUAAACCCAAAGUGCAUAGUCAAGUAAUAAUAAUGCUCAGAUUACAAAUAUUAAGAGGCUUGCGUAAGUACGAUAGAUGGUAUAGUCUGUUAUUGCUGCGGUUUAAUUAAUAAUCACCUAUACACAUUCAUCAUCCAUAGUUGGAAGGAUUCUUAUAUGUCAUUAGAUAACUUAGGAUGUCAGCCUCUAGAUUGCUCAUAGUUAACAAUAUUGUCAGAUUGCUCUAUUUUUACUACAAACUGUUUUUGGGAUGGCUAAAAUUGUUAAAUUAUUAUGGAAUGUAACAAGUACUCUAAUGGCACUUUGUGUUUAAAUACUAGCAAUUCAUAAGGAAUUCCAUGCUUUUGGGAUGGUACUAAAUGUAUAGAAAAAACAUGUUCAAAUAAGCCAACUCCUUCAAUUAGCCAAGCCGAAUGUAAUAGUUGGUUGAUUAACUGUUAAUAUAAUAGCAAUAAUAAUAGAUGCUUAGAAGAUUGCACUUAAGCUGAUAUUUCAAAUAAAACUCAUUAACUAUGCGGAUCCUAUUAUUUAAAUAAAAGUUGCACUGUCAAAUUAGAUAUAAUUCAAUGUGUAGACCUUCCAAUUGCUUGUUCUUUUGCAAAGAAAACUUAAUGUUAUAAAGAUUAAUCUGGAAAUGAAUGCUUCUAUUAAGAAUCAUAAAACAAGUGUGUUAAUUUAACAUGUUCCAUUUUAUAAUUCACAACACAUGAAAAGUGUAACUAAAAAUUAAAUUCUUGUACAGUUAAUUCAACUUUAGAUGGAUGUCAAUAAUUAAAUGUUUGUGGUAGUUAUUCAAUAAAAGAAUAAUGCUAAAUCGAUUCAAAUAAUGUAGAAUGUUAAUGGAUGAUGAAUUAAAAUAAAUGUACAAUUAAGGAGGGCUCAACUGCACAAUUACUUAUAUAUUCAGUUCAUAAUUGUGAUUAAUAUUUUGGAAAAUCUUGUACUGUAAAUGAAAAUUUGGAUGAAUGCAUGACUGGUCAAUCUUUGUGCAUGAACUACUCAUAUCAUCAAUGCAAAAGUUAAGGGCAAAUGAAUUUAGGUGGAGUAGAAUGUUUCUGGAAUGAUGAGAAGAAUAUUUGUUUAGAGAGGAUUUGUGAAAAUGGGCCUUCACUUGCCAAAACUAAUUCUGAUUGUAUCGGAUUUCUCUCUACAUGUUAAAUAGGUGGGUGCCGAAUAAAAGAUUGCUUUGAUUAUAAUUAUACAAUAGAUUCGGCUUGUGCUUCAAUAUUCAAAAGCAAAAAAUGUGUGACAAAUGGUUAUUAAUGUGUUUUUAGAAUGGCUUGUGAGGAUGUUAGUGUUAUUGAUGGUUGUACAUUUGAUAUCAAUCUCAAUCCUUGUGUCUGGAUUGAUGAGAAAUGUUAUACAAAAUCUUGUAAAACUGCAUCAAAUUCUUUGAUAAAACAUUAUGAAUGCAAUGCUUACUUUCCAACUUGCACAGUUAAAUAAGGAGGAGGAUGUGCUAAUAAACAAAUUUGUCAAAAUUAUUAAAUAAAAGAGGCUUGCAAAAUUGAUAGUGAAAACGGUGAAUGCAUAUGGGAUGAUUAUCUAAAUUAAUGCUUUUCCAAUCAAUGUAUGGAUUUCUGUGGAGAUGGUAUUGUAUCAAGUAUAGAAGAAGAAAGUGAUGAUGGCAAUUAUUUACCUUAUGAUGGCUGUUAUAAAUGCCAAGUGUAAUGCCCAUAAGGAUGUAAUAUUUGCACUGGUUUGAUAUGUGAAGAUUGUCAAAAAAAGGGAUGGUUAUUGAUUAAUGGCCAGUGUAUUUCAAUAUGUGGGGACGGUCAUACAGCUGGAAAAGAAUUCUGUGAUGAUGGAAAUGAUAUUGAAUUUGAUGGAUGUUAUUAAUGUUCCUAAUCUUGUCACUAAAAAUGCCUUAAUUGCUUCUAAGGACUAUGUUUACAAUGUGAGAAUGGAUACAUAGAAGAUGGGUCAUAAUGUCAUAAUAUUUGUGGGGAUGGUGUCCUUAUUGAGCCAUUAGAAAAAUGUGACGACGGAAAUAGUAAGGAUAAUGAUGGAUGCAGUGAUACUUGUUAAGUCGAAUAAAAUUGGAAAUGCUAAUAAGAAAAUAAUAUUAAUUGUACUAACUAAACUCAAAAAACAAACAAUGAUUAUGAAGAGUUCCUAUUAUAAUUUUCUGAGCAUGUACGUUUGAACGUAAACAACAUUAGCGAGGAACAAUUUCUUCAAAUGAUUAUUGUUGUUAUUGAAAAUGCCAAAGAUAACUAAUAUGAUGUUGAAAUUAAACCCCUGAUAUCUAUUUCUUCUAUAUUGACUGAAGUAUCCUAUAAGAUAUUAGUCUAUUUUAAAAUUAAGAUUUCAAAUCCAGUGUUAAAAGUGACAGUCAGAUGUGAAAAUAUUGUAAAUGAUAAAGACAAUACUUUACUCUCUGAUGAAAUAAAGUUAGAAUUACCAACUCCUAACAAAAUGUCAAAUGAUGGAUAAUCCUUUAUUUCGAAAACAGCUCUGCUAAGUAGAAUUGUUAUGUAUACCAUCUUGAUUAUAAGUGGCAUUGCUUUUUUGGCUGGCAAUUUAGAAAUUAUAUGGUAUCUCCUUGAUAUGCUGCAAUAAUUAUCAUAUAUGAAAUUUUACAACCUUCAAUUCCCAGAAAACUUGUAAAUCUAUUUUGAAAUUUUUAACAUUGGUUAACUGACUCCGAUAACAAAUACGAUAUAAAUAAAUGUACUUUUAAAGAGUGUUUUUGAUUUCUAAAUCCCAAUCAUACCAGCGAAAUAGAAAUUUGCAUAAUAUUAAAUCAAUUGCUAUUUUUUGGACAAUUUGUAAUCUAUAGUCGCUUUAAUUAUAAUUGGAUUUGUUUAUUAUUAUCUCUCAUAUUACUUUUAUAAAUUCAUUGUUCUAUUUUAAUAAUAAAAAUGGGCAGGUAUUUUUUAUUAAAGUGAGUCUAAAAUUAUAAUUAAAAUUGUCAGAUUGAUUUUUUAGUUUUAGAAAUUAGCAAGAAAAUACUAUCAAUAUUUCAUUUACUCUGGAUUAAUCAGAAUUUUUACAUCUAACUUUUAUGAGUUAGCCUUUGCAUCUAUUUUAUAAAUUGUUAAUUACAAUACCGAAACUUCUAUAAAUGCAACCAUCUCAUUAAUUGCUCUAAUUAAAAUGCAAGUGAAUCUAUUCCUAAUAGUGUUCUUUUUUUAUUCUCUAAACAAAAAAGACAUAGUGCCUCAGAAAUUAUCAGCUUUAGUGGAAGGAAUUAAUAAUACUGUCCAAUAAGGAACGAAGUAAUAUUUUACUAUAUUGCUGAUCAAAAAAACAUUAUUCAUUAUUAAUUUAGUUGUAUUUUAAGACCUUUUUGCUGUUUAGAGUAUAAUUACAGCAUGUUUAUCAAGAGUAUUCUCUUGUUAUAUUUAUAUUCAUAAACCAUUUUGGAGCAAUUUCGAAAAUAUGAAAAUAUUCUUCACAGAAAUUAUGAUUAUGAUUAAUGCAAUUAUCUUUUCUAUUUACGAUAUUAUCAAAUUUAAUUCAAACAAAGACUCAGCUGAUGUUUUAGGUUGGAUUAAUGUAAGUGGUUUCACAAUUAUUCUGAUUGUGACUUUAGCUAUUGAUAUUUAUCAACAAUUAAAUAAGUAUAUAUCGUGA